GUUCAAGAAUUUUGUCAAUGUCUAAUUUUUCAGACAAAGACGCAAUGCCUCGUUCAGAAUUGACCUUCGAGACCAUGAAGGAGACAGGUGAAAACGUUCUCAAUGAACCAAAGAGAAGCUCGGAAUCCAUGCCUAAGCCUACAACUGCACCGACCCUUGCCGACACCGAAAUCAAACAAUACUCAUCUCUUUUUGAUUUCGAUGCCGCGUCAAUGUUCGACCCUGAUUCGGCGGGGCAAGUAACCGAAGAUUUUGAUCAAUCAAACGCGAUUGGUUCAAACCCAAAUCUAAAUACUUCCUCUAUCACGACCAACGAAAAGCACCCUAUUGUAACAUCGUCCGCUUCUGCAAAUGAGCCAAGAAUUGAGCAAAAUGUCGUUGACAAGACACCUGCCGAGAUACCAAGUCUUGAAGACUUUGAAUGGAGCCAGGAACAACAAGAUGAUUUUUUGAAUACUUUGAAUGGAAUUGGCUCCGAGGAGAUCAGCUCAUGGUAUGCCAACGCAGUGGUCACCCAGGGAAAUUCUGAUGCACUUUCCGAACAAAAUAUAGAACAAAUCCUCGAAUUCACCGAUGAAAAUCAAGCCAUAUUGGAUUCUUUUAGACCGACGAUCGCUAAUGAGAUUUCCAUGAAGUACCUAGCCCAAAAUGAAUUGAGCAUAACAAGUUCUCAAAGUUCGGGGACCCUGACUGCCCAGGAUGCUGUUCUUCAAGGCUCGGAACAAUUAGGUGGUACGAGCAACACGGAUAUCCUCGAAGAUCCAACUUCUAGUUCCGUUAAACCCGAAGACAAAGUCACAAAACAAGAUCGAUUGAAUGUGUUCACCAAAUCGACUGAAAAGGAGUCUCCAGCGAGUAUUUUGAACUUUGAUCAAUACGAUAAGUUUUUCUUUCCGGCGCAGAGCAUACCAUCAUCGCCAAUGAACCAUGAUGAAAAUACCACAAGAAAUCAUCAGGGAUCAACAUCUCAAUCACCAACUAAAAUUCGGGAAUCAGAACCUGUGAUGUCAGUCCAGCAGCUAGAAAUGCGUCAGAAUGAAGUUGGAGCCGCUCAAAAUAGAUUUGAGCAAAAUUUAUUAGGUGGUCGAGAAAAGUACAGUCGGGUCACGGAGAUGCAGAUGCAGAAUGAAGAUGAUCAGACACAUGCUCCACCACCGCAUCAGUAUCUCGAUGCACCGUAUGGAAAUUUCAACACGGCUCAAGCUCCGCAACCGUAUCCUUGCUUUCAAGCAUCUGGCAACGUUAACCUCAGAGCGGGAUUUGUAAUGCAACGAGCGGGCAACGGGCCUGGCGGUGUAGAGAACGGAGUUUAUAAUACCAGAGAUGUGGCAUCUCAAAGCAGUGAAAAUUACCACGGUAGUAAAACCAACAAAGAUCCAAAGAAACGGCCCAGCUGGGAGACGCGACCUGAUGCCACUAGGCCUAGAGUUCGAAUGACCGAGGAAGAAUUUCAGUGGCUGCGACCAAACGAGGGACCACGUGAUGUUUUCGAAAAUCAGCGAAAGAAGGCUGCCGAGCAGAGAUUGAAGGAUGAAGCAGAGGCCAAUGCACUUGAGAAGGCGGGGAUGCCUAGACCUCAGCCCAAGGAGCAAAAGAAAUUUAAAGGAGGUGUCCACAUUGAAGUAUGGGAGAAGGAAAGUUUAAAUAAUCGCCGUCGUGCCCAGGGGAAGUCAGGUCGCGAACUCUUUUUGGAAAAGCCCAAGCUUCGCGGGAAGAGAAAGGGUCGCGAGAUAUCGGGGGCAGAAACACAACCUGACUCGAAGAAGCUGAAACUAGAAGAAAGCAAUUGGUUCGCAUUAAGUUCCGAAACUAGAGGGGUGAAUGAGGGAUUAACCCACGACACAUAUGCCAGUUCGAUGCCUGUAAUAGAUGGAUUCAAUCGUGGUAUGAGUAACGACCCAUAUUCCAAUGCAAGCCCCAUGACUAGCCAGAUGAAUCAGGGGAUUACCAGCAGUGGCCCAACCUACAAUAGUAAUAUCAACAACAAUUAUGGCGAUAUUUAUGGCAACAAUAACUACAUCGGCAUUCACUAUACUGACCCCUCUUUGGGAAGUGGGGCGCCGAGCUCUGGAAUGACACGAAAUGGAGCCUUGGACUCAAUGCCUGCAUACGGUGCUGCAUAUCCAUCCAUGGGCCAAAGUAGCCGCCCUGAAUAUGAUGGACCACACCAAACUCGGGCUGUUUACAGCCAUAACCAGCACCUCGGGUCGUUCCAUAGUCAGUCCGAACAAAAGGCUAGAGUCAGCUACGGCAGAAGUAAUGUUCCAUCGCCACCAAAUUUAGAAUCAAUGCAAAAAUUUGGUAAUUUUCAGCCUCAGUUUUCCCAACGCUCAGCUGCAUCAAUAUAUGGAACCAGAAAGUCGACGCAUCAAGUUGAAAUAAAUCUUGCAAAUCCAACGAUGGCAAACGGUGGCAACAGCAUCCCAUCAUAUCUGUCUGGACAAAAUGCGCAGGUCCUCAGAUCGAAUGGUCAUGUAUACCCCCAAGACAUACUCGGAGGAAUGCGAUCAAUUUCUAACAGCUUAAUUGAUCCAAUGCUGCAAUCUCAAGCUCAGUUUCCAGUACCUAGUGUCAUGGGCACUCAAACGAGAGAGCGUACCUCCGCCAACUAUGAGUACGUUGAGGAUUUCGAGGACUUGGGUACCCAGGAAAGAAGUGAGCACUGAGCAAAGAAGGGUGGAAAUACUAUGACGUACAAUAGAUGUUAGACUAAGAAAGAAUACA